GCAGGGACAGACCAAAGGGCGGGGUGUGAGUCAGGUGCUGCGGACGGGAGCCCCCGGGCGGCGAUUCCCUCCCGAGCAGCCGCGGCUUCCGAGCAGAGCCGCAGCCACCUAGAGACUCACCCCGGCGGCAGCAGAGAGAUCCCUGUUCUCUCCUGAGCCAGCGAUAGGGGGCAGCUCGCGGCGGACUACAUCUCCCGGGAGGCACCGCGGCUGAGGCCCCCGUGUGCGCUGCGGCGCCGCCUGUGUGUGCGCGAGGUGCAGGCGGCAGCGCGGGCAGUCCGCGGGGGCCUCAGCGGGAAAGAUGGACGACGAGGAGGAGACGUACCGGCUGUGGAAAAUCCGCAAGACCAUCAUGCAGCUGUGCCACGACCGCGGGUACCUGGUGACCCAGGACGAGCUGGACCAGACGCUGGAGGAGUUCAAGGCGCAGUUUGGGGACAAGCCCAGCGAGGGCCGCCCCCGUCGCACCGACCUGACCGUGCUGGUGGCUCACAACGACGAUCCCACCGACCAGAUGUUCGUGUUCUUCCCCGAGGAGCCCAAGGUGGGGAUCAAGACGAUCAAGAUGUACUGCCAGCGCAUGCAGGAGGAGAACAUCACCCGGGCACUGAUCGUGGUGCAGCAGGGAAUGACCCCCUCGGCCAAGCAGUCCCUGGUUGACAUGGCUCCCAAAUACAUCCUGGAGCAGUUCCUGCAGCAGGAGCUUCUCAUCAACAUCACAGAGCAUGAGCUGGUGCCAGAGCACGUGGUGAUGACAAAGGAGGAAGUAACAGAGCUGCUAGCCCGAUACAAACUGAGGGAGAACCAGCUCCCCAGGAUCCAGGCUGGGGACCCUGUGGCUCGGUACUUCGGGAUAAAGCGUGGCCAGGUAGUGAAGAUCAUCAGGCCCAGUGAGACAGCGGGCAGGUACAUCACCUACAGACUGGUGCAGUGACACAGUGGGUGUGAGGAGCUGGGUGGCUCAGUGCACAGGCACUCAGAGAUUCCUGCACUUCAGAGAUGGCCAAGGAAAUCCUCUUCCCAUGUUGCCUCUCUGCAGCCCUGUCCCUGGGCCUCAUUUCCUGUCUUCCAGCUUGGACUUUGUGCUGACCCCUCAGUCCCAUCCAGGACUCAGCCAUGGAUACCUGAAGCAAUUGGAGGAAAUGAGUGGCAAAGGUUUUUGCUCCCCUGUUUUAUGGGCUCUUGUUUGAAAUAAAGGUUUGUACCCUCA